AUGUCCGAUCAAGAUCUGCAACAGAAUCGUCCUAACAAGCGUGCAAAGCUCGUCUCAGAUGCCUCUUCUCUGCUCUCUAACCACUCGGACUUUGUUCCUCUUGUGCGUUGGUCUUGUGUUGUGAGCACUAAUGAUGCAAACGUCUACAAGAUAUUACAAAAAGGCAACAAAUUUGCUGACGCUGAAAUUUUGUCGUUCAAUCUGAAUGCUGGUAGGUUUCAUGUUGGACUGAGAGUCUCAUCGUUCAAGGCCAUCGUCAAUGUCGAAGUCCCAAGUAAAGACCCUAGAGCCGAAACGUUGCUCAGCGAUUGUCUCAUCCUGCGCACGAAUGCAGGAGGUCGCAAGAGCAGCCCUACCACACCACUGGCACAGUACGAAGCAAAGUUGACCCUAGAAGAGUCGUUGUUGGUCCUUCAUGUCGACCUAUCUUGGCACGAUUCCGUUCACGCACGAGAGAAGGUCGAUACAAAUUUCCGCGGUCUUCUCAGGAAGCACUGCUCUAUCGUCGACUCUGCUGCAGGUCUAGAUGCGACUCCUUGGGAUGUGAAAGAGUUCUACGACAAUGUUCAUGUUCCAGUACAGCAAGAUCCACUACGUCUCGACACCGUUCAGUGCACACUGUAUCCUUUUCAGAAUCGCGCAGUUCAUUGGAUGUUGAACAGGGAGGGCGUCAAGGCUUUGCCAUCUGGUCAGAUCGUAAGAAGCACAGAUGCGAAGUCUACUCUGCCUCUCGACUUUGAGCAGGUCACCGAUGCCGACGGCUCGACGUGCUACAUCAGCCAUGCGCUCGCCGUUGUAUCUUCCUCCCGGUCGGAUGUCAUGGAGCAGUAUGGUACUAUCAAAGGAGGAAUCCUAGCUGAAGCAAUGGGGUUGGGCAAGACGGUGGAAAUGAUCGCACUUAUGUGUUCGCACUCGAGGGACAAGACACCAAUCGAGCCGUGGAAUUCAGAAGCACUGGUUGAGACUAACGCCACUCUCAUCAUUACACCUCCCACAAUCUUAGAACAAUGGAAGCAGGAACUUCGAGAACAUGCUCCAUCUCUGCGUGUGUUUCACUAUGCAGGUAUCAAAAGUAGCUCAAAGCGCAAGGACGAUAUUGUACGAGUUUUAGCUGAACAAGAUGUCGUGCUUACUACCUAUAGCGUCAUCGCCUCCGAAAUACAUUAUGUCCAGGAAGCAUCAGAUCGAAAUCUUCGGAGUAGACCUCGCAGAACACCUCCGAAAAGCCCGCUUACACAGUUGUUGUGGUGGCGCUGUCUGCUCGACGAGGCGCAGAUGGUCGAAAGCGGUGUCUCCAAUGCUGCUAUUGUAGCUAGGCUCAUUCCACGUGUCAAUGCUUGGGCCGUUACUGGCACACCCCUCAAACAGAGUCAUCGAGACCUGUACGGGCUCAUGCUGUUCCUCAAGUAUGAACCCUGGUGUAAAUCGACUCGCUUAUGGGACCAUCUUGUCUUCUACUAUCGCCCGCUGUUUCGGGAAUUCAUUGGCGCAACCGCAUUGCGCCACAGUAAAGACUUGGUGCGGGACGAGUUACGGAUUCCGCCACAAUCGAGACAAGUCGUUACGAUACCUUUUACUGCAGUCGAAGAGUCGCACUAUGCACAAAUGCAUUACGACAUGCAGCAAGCCGUUGGACUGGACGCUUCCGGAGCACCUCUGAAUGGGGAAUGGAGUCCUAACGAUCCCGUUACAAUCGAAAGCAUGAGAACUUGGCUGCAGCGGUUAAGGCAAACCUGCUUGCAUCCAGAAAUAGGAGGUCGUAACAGGAAGGCUUUAGGAAAGAGAGGUGGAGGUCCACUACGUACUGUCGCGCAGGUGUUGGAAGUCAUGAUCGAGCAGAACGACGCCAUACUCCACACCGAAAAAAGGAAUAUGCUUGUUGCAAGAGCUGAUCGAGCCCGAAUUCUGGAACAUGCCAGAGAAUCACAGGCCGCCCAAGACAUCUUCAAGGAAUGCUACGCUGAAGCAAGUACCUUCGUAGAGAGUUGUCGCGAUGAUCUGCGUAGAGAGCUUGAUAAGGCUAAAAUACGACGAAGAAAUAAUAAGUCGUCCGUGGCGGACAGCGAAACCGAAGAAGACGAGGAUCCGGACGCCUCGCUAACUACUGCUCGUCAACGAUUGCGAUCUGCACUAGAGGUCCAGCAUGUUUGCGCGUUUUUCAUCGGCAACACAUUCUACCAACUUAAGCAGAAACUAGAGCUUGAACUUGUCUCUGUGCUGUCUGACUCACAACCAGACAUAGACAAAGAGAGUGCAGGUCCGGCGAAUAACGUUCCAUCCGACACCACAAUAUCCGCCCCAUCAACCGAGUCCCAGACGGCCCCUGAGGAGGUUGCACAGAAAGCCGCUGUUGAGGAGCUAGAGAGGCUUGAGGCCGAAGCUUAUGAAGACGCUAAACAUAUACGUAAAGAAUUGCUGACAGAAGCUCGAGUCAAAGCUCAAAAACGAGUCAGGACUAUCAGGGCAAAGAAGCAGGACUCCGGGCUUGUUGUUGUACCAAAGCUAAAAUAUUCAGAGGACGAUCAUGGUGGUAUUGAGAGUCGAAAGGUCUUCGAGAAACUCUACCAUUAUUGUAUAGCCAUGAACGAUCACGCAGACAAGUUUGCGGAGAUUCGAUCAAGGAUGACCGAUAUGUUGUGUCAGACAUUAGUCGAUGAAGAGGAUGGCGUUGAGCUCACAGGUGAAGAGUACGAGGAUUCCACCAAGCAUCAGGAUGAGAUGUACGUAAUCAUGGAAAUGCUCAGAGCAUUAUUCGCCGAUCGUAACGAUGCAAUUACCGGGCAGGAAAACCUACUUCUCAAGCAAGAGACCAAGCAGUUCCUGCGGACUGCUAAGGAAGGUGAGGGUCCAGCUCCCGAAUUGAUGAUCAAGCUACUAGCCGAACGAGCAAAAAUUCGCAUAGACCCGUUGCAGCACGGGUCGCUUCGAGGUAUUUUGACCGAGCUUCGAUCUCUAGCUAGUGCUCUCGAGUGGCAGGAAAGCACGAGUGCAAGAGCUCGGGCAGAACUGGUCAUCGUCAACGAUCUCCUUAAAUAUGUACAGAAACUUCACGCCGAACAGACGAGAGCCAUGAGCAUGUUAGAACAAGAGGUCAAUCUUUACCGGGACACAAUGAAUGCUCGCCUUGACUAUUAUCGAGCUCUACAAGUGAUAUCUGACAUGGUCGCACCUAUUGGAGACGACGAUAGUGUAGGUCAAUCUGCCAAUCAGAUAUUGAUCAAUCGUGCAAGAGAAGCGGAAGAUAUUGCCGCGAAAAAGCUUUCGGUGAUUCUGGCCAAGCGACGUUAUCUGCUAAAUCUGAAGGGUGAACAAGAGGACGAAGAGCAAGUUAAGAUCUGCACUAUUUGCCAAUUCGAGUUUGAGAUAGGCACUCUCACAGUCUGUGGACAUCAAUUCUGCAAAGAGUGUAUUCAGAUGUGGUGGUCUGAACAUCGCAACUGUCCGGUUUGCAAGCGGCGCCUUCAGCUCGCUGACUUCUUUGAUGUCACGUACAAACUGGUUGAGGCAGUCAAAGAUCCGGAGGAUUCACUCCACGAACGAGAAGCUUCCACGGAAGUGAGUCCAUCGGUGCCGAAUGCGAUAUACGCUACAAUGUCACCCUCGGUGCUGCAACAGAUCCAAUCGAUCGACCUGCGUGGUUCGUCUUACGGCUCCAAAGUUGAUACUCUCGUUAGGCAUAUUCUGUACCUUCGCAGAUCUGAUCCCGGUAGCAAGACAAUCGUCUUUUCACAAUAUCGAGAUUUCCUGGAAGUCUUGUCUCGUUCUAUGCGAGACAAUUCUAUCAUCCACUCCAAAUUCGACGAUAAGGACGGCAUUCUCGAUUUCAAGACUAAUCCAGCAAAUGAGUGUUUCCUCCUCCAUGCCAAAGCUCACGCUGCUGGACUGAACCUAGUAUGUGCCAAUCAUGUCGUUCUUUGCGAACCGCUGAUCAAUACGGCGAUCGAGCUGCAGGCUGUCGCGCGUGUACACCGGAUCGGACAACUACGCGCGACAUAUAUCUGGAUGUAUCUCAUUGAGGGAACUGUUGAAGAAGCCAUCUACGAUAUCUCGGUCAAGAGAAGACUCGCCCACAUGGACAGCAGAAGUCGUGACGUGUCGCGAGCCACUACGCCUAGUCGUGAUCACGGCGAGAUCGCAAUUGAAACAGCAAACGCGAAAGAGCUGCAGGCAGCAGACUUGAGCAAGAUGUUUGCGGCUGGCAAGACUGGUGGUGAGAUGGUUGACAAGGAGGAUUUAUGGUCUUGCUUGUUUGGAAAUGCUGGUAAAACACGGUAUGGGAACGACAGAAACAGGCCAAGCAGAGGGCUGGCCGAUCUAGGUAUUGGUGCUGGGGCUGACAACACAGUCGUGGGUGCUAGCAGUGAGUUUGGGAGGUUUUUGAGGGCCGAUGCUGCAGAGACAAGAAUCACGGGAUGA